AUGUCUGCACGGAGUCGACCAACGACUGGCUGGUCAACAGCCUUGUCAGCAACGACGCGUUUGAGCAGUCUUUCUAAUCAAACAGCACCUUUGGUAACAACCCGACGAAAACUAUUUCGACAGAUUCAAAAUAAUCCAAAGAAUUGUUCACAACGAAUGAAACAAUCCAAAUAUGAUAUGGAGGAAUUGUUUAACUUAUAUUACUCAAACGAUAUCAAAUUCGACACAUUUCAGAAACAAAUCGUUACUGGGACACGAAUUCCAAUGUUACGAUCAGUGCCGGUAUCACAUCAGACUUUGACGAGUACAUCAAUAGAUACCUUCGAUUCGAAACACUGUGUCACACGAGAACAAUUGAUAAACAAUGAACAGCAACUCGUUGCUGAUACUUUAAAAUCAAACCCAAUUACUGAAGUACAUGAAGUUAAUGAAGAUUUGACACCUGAUCAUUCAUCGACCCGUCAUGUAUCUACACCAAUAACGAUUCCGACCGCUCCGAAUCUACCGGAAAGUUUUUCAACAAUUGAACAAAACGAAUUAUUCGAUGCACCUUUGGUUAAAAGUGUCACUUUUCUUGAUGACAAUUUCCAGGAAUCGCAUGAAACGAUCGAUGCAUCAAAGGAACGUCCGAUGUCUUCGAAAUCAAUAGCGUCAUCAUUUUCGUCAUCAAAUAUACCAGCCAAUGUCACAGCACCACCACAGCCAUCACUAAUGGCAAUGAACAAAACUCAAAAAGAUCCCCCAUCGCCAAUGAUUCCUUCGUCACAACCACCCGUUGUAACUGGCUCGGCAAUGGCUGUUCGACAACGAUUUUACACAAGACUCUCGGAGACUAGACAACGUCCAAAAUCAAAUGUCACAUUAAAUUCUCGCCAACCAAGUCCAAAAAAUCGUCCGCCAUCAGCAUACACUCACAUAUCUAUUGAAUCAGAUAUGCCUGAAUUACCUGCUUACAUUGGCACACAACGCACCGUAUCAAUUCCAUCAAAAUGCAGUCGUUACGUUCUUGUCACAUUUCCCGAAGCUCCUCUCCGUUACAAUUCGCCAACAUACGUCGAACGUCUGCUCUUACCUGAACGUUUCCCGAGACUAUUUCAAAAUAUUCUCCAUAGCUACGAUUCUCCCACUUCACGUCAGCAUAAAACCAAAUAA